UUGAUACUCAUACAUGCUCAAAAGAAGCAUACCACUCUUGGCUGCGGUCCGCUCCUCCGCCUCUUCGCCACUGAAUUCUCUCACCCUCCACAACCUCAUCUCCUCUCCCAACCUCCACCUCCAAACCCUCCUGCAAAUCCAUGCUCUUAUCCUCACCUCCGGUAACUCUACCAACCCCUUCUUCACCUCUAAGCUCAUCUCCCUCUACGCUUCUUUUCGUCGGCCGGACCUCUCCUCCCUUCUCUUCUCCACCUUCCCUUCCGAGCUCCACGAUGCCUUCUUAUGGAACUCCAUUGUCAAGGCUCGCUUCUCCAACUCCGACUUCAAUGCCGCUCUCCGCCUCUACCGCCUCAUGCGGGCGUCUGGCUUCCCGCCUGACCAUUUCACUGCCCCCAUGGUCGUCUCUGCUUGCGCUGAACUCCUUUGGGUGUGCUUCGGUUCUUGCAUUCAUGGUGACUGUGUCAAGUUUGGAUUGCUUUCAGGUGAUUUCGUUGCUGUUGGGUCUUCUCUUGUUUAUAUGUACUGCAAGUUUGGGUUGGUUUGUGAUGCGUUGAAGGUGUUUGAUGAAAUGCCGCUGAGAGAUGUGGUGUCUUGGACUGCGCUUAUUGUUGGCUGUGUGCGGAAUGGAGAGUUUGGUUUAGGGUUGUCUUGCUUUAGGGAGAUGCUAUGCGUUGGAGAGAGGGUGAAUUCGAGAACUGUUGAUGGUGUGUUGCAGGCUUGUGCUGGUCUUGCUGCAUUGCAGGAAGGGAGGUGUGUGCAUGGAUUUUGUUUGAAAAUUGGCAUUGAAUUGUCCUUUGUAAACAUGUAUUCCAAGUGUGAUAGUUUGGAAGAUGUGGUUCUUGCAUUUGAGGAGUUGCCGGAGAAGGAUGUGGUGUCCUACACUGCAGUGGUGGGUGUUUAUGCUAGAAAGGGCCUUACUGCUGAAUGCUUGGAGCUGUUCAGAGACAUGAUGGUUUCUGGUUUAGAACCUGAUGGAGUGUUCAUUGGUUGCAUGCUCACUGGAUUUGUGAAUUCAGGUAGUAUUACUGAUGGAAAGGCAUUUCAUGGUGUGAUAUUGAAGAGAAAUUUCCUUAUUGAUACUUUGGUUGGUAAUUCUUUGAUAUCGAUGUACUGUAAGUUUGAGAAAUUGGGCAUUGCAGAAAAGAUAUUCUAUAACAUGUUUGAGCGGAACACAGAAUCAUGGAAUUUGCUUAUCUGUGGAUAUGGUAAGAUGGGAUCCGAUGUGAAGUGUUUGGAUUUGUUCAGAGAAAUGUAUGCCCAUGGCCUUGAUACAGUGGCAGAUUGUAAUAUCUUGGUUCCUGUGAUUUCUUCAUGUUCUCAAUUGGGUGCAUUGAGUUUAGGUCAGUCUGUGCAUUGCUACAAGUUGAAAAACAUACUUCCCAAUGAUGCAACUUCGGUUCAUAAUGCACUUGUCGGUAUGUAUGGAAGGUGUGGUAGAUUUGACCUGGCAAGGAGCAUUUUUGAUGGAAUGAGCAGAGAUGUUGUUACUUGGAAUACACUAAUUGCCACUUAUGCUCAUCUGGGAUAUUCUAAUGAAGCUUUGUCUCUUUUUGAUCAAAUGCUUGCAGAAGACAUCAAACCUACUUCUGCUGCUUUGAUGAGUGCCCUCUCAGCUUGCUCAAAUAUAGCCGCUCUUCACCGUGGAACACAGAUGCAUAACUACAUUAGAGAAAUGGGAUUAGAAUGUGAUGUAUCCGUCUGUACAGCGCUGGUUGACAUGUAUGCAAAGUGUGGGCAGAUCAAAACUUCAAGAGAAAUCUUUGAUUCUAUGCCUGUGAAAGAUAUUGUAGCUUGGAAUGUGAUGAUAUCAGCAUACGGGAUCCAUGGUUAUGCCAAUGAGGCAUUGGAAAUUUUCAAAGAAGUAGAGAGGAGUGGUCUCGAGCCUAAUGGAGUUACUUUUCUUGCCAUUCUUUCUGCAUGCAGUCAUGGGGGAUUGAUUGAAGAGGGUAAAACUAUAUUUGCAAGAAUGUCAGACUAUGGCAUUGCUCCCACAGUAAAGCAUUAUGCUUGCAUGGUAGACAUUCUUGGCAGGUCAGGAAAUUUAUCAGAUGCAGAAGCUAUGGUUCUCUCAAUGCCAAUCAAACCUGAUGGAGGAAUAUGGGGGGCUUUGCUUGGCGCAUGCAGAGCACAUAACAAUGUUGACAAGGGUGAACAUGCAGCCAGAAUGGCCUUGGAGUCAGACCCAGAGAACGAAGGAUACUACACUUCGUUAUCCAAUAUGUAUGGUUCUGCUGGAAGAUGGGAAGAGGUGGGGAGGAUAAGGGGUCUAAUGAAAGAUAGGGGAGUGAGGAAGAGAGCUGGUUGGAGUGCAUUGGAGCUUGAUGGUAGAGUUCUCAUCUUCACAGUGGGAGAUAUAUCUCGUCCAUAUUCCAAAUCAAUGCCACUUUUGUUGGAAAACUUAUGCAGGCAAAUGGAGGCAUCAUGCUACAAUUUAGAAAAUGAAUUAUCUAUCAACAUCUCAAGUGACAUAUACUGAUCUUUCUUGGAUAUCUACUGCAUAUGAUCUCAAGUAUAAAGAACAUUUAUGCCGAUCCUUAUCACAUAACCAUAUGCAGAAUUGAUGGAAGGGUGGGACAAUGAAAGGUGAAUAGUUCGGGGCAAUUAAAGAGGAAAGAGAAAGGAUGACUCGGAUCAGUUUGAUUGGUUGUUGUCACAUCCGAUAAUUUGGGAGCCUUCUCGCAAACAUGCCCUUAGAGAGGUUCAAUAACUCGCCGUAUCGGAUCUUCUCGGAGA